GAAUCGACAGAGUACGCGCGGCAUCUCAGUCAGUGUCCGUCGCGCGACUUCCCGGCUUAUCGACAUACGAAGAUGCCUUUCACACCCCAAGAUCAGGCCAAGUGCCCCAAAUGCGGAAAGUCGGUGUACGCCGCCGAGGAGAUGCUCGCCGCCGGUAAGAAGUUCCAUAAGUCCUGCUUCAAGUGCGGACUGUGCAACAAGAAACUCGACUCGACCAACGUCGGUGAGCACGGUGGAGACAUCUUCUGCAAACAGUGCUACGGUAGGAAAUACGGACCCAAGGGAUACGGAUUCGGUGGAGGAGCCGGCUGCCUGUCCAUGGACAAGGGCGAGCACUUGGGCAACAAGGAAACUGCCAUGGCCAACAAGCCCCUCGAUGGAACCUAUAACUAAAUCACACUUAGCAUUAGCAUCUAUCCAUACCGCCGCAACCACCUGCGAUUCCUAGUUCCUCGCUGUUCCAGUGAUGACGACGCUGUAUGCAUUCUUGGGCGAUAGUUACAACGGCGAUUUUCAACACUAUUCCCAAUCUGUUGUACAUUCUGCUUCUCCUGCCCGCGGGCGCCGCUUGUGAACCAAAUAAAUGUCGCACCUUUGU